AUGGCCAACAAGGGUCCUUCCUAUGGCAGGAGCUGCAAAGUGCAGUCCAAAAUCGAGAAUAAGUACCACAAGGAGCUGGAGGAGCAGCUGGUGGAGUGGAUCAUAGUGCAGUGUGGCCCUGAUGUGGGCCGCCCAGACUGUGGGCGCCAGGGCUUCCAGGUCUGGCUAAAGAACGGCGUGAUUCAGAGCAAGCUGGUGAAUAGCCUGUACCCUGAUGGCCUCAAGUCUGUGAAGGUGUCUGAGAACCUGCCCUCUGGAGUCUCCAAGCAGAUGGAGCAGGUGGCUGAGUUCCUGAAGGCAGCUGAGAACUAUGGGGUCACCAAGACUAACAUGUUCCAGACUGUUGACCUCUUUGAAGGCAAAGACAUGGCAGCAGUGCAGAGGACCCUGAAGGCUUUGGGCAGCUUGGCGGUGACCAAGAAUGAUGGACAGUACUGUGGAGAUCCCAGCUGGCUGAUGAAGAAAGUGCAGGAGCAUAAGAGAGAAUUCACAGAGAGCCAGCUGCAGGAGGGAAAGCAUGUCAUUGGCCUUCAGAUGGGCAGCAACGGAGGGGCCUCCCAGGCCGAAAUGACAGGCUACAGACAACCUGGGCAGAUCAUCAGUUAG